AUGGCAUUGCAGAUUGGCGGCGGCGGAGGCGGCGGGGGGUUCCGGAGCCUGAUGCGGCGGAAGCCGGUCGACUCCGACAGGGUCCGCGCCGAGGGGCAGCAGCUCGCCAAGGAGCUCAACAUCCUCGAGCUGGUCGCGAUCGGGGUUGGUUCGACAAUUGGAGCUGGAGUAUAUGUUCUUGUGGGAACAGUUGCCAGGGAGCAUGCUGGUCCAGCAUUGGCAGUUUCAUUCCUGAUAGCUGGAAUAGCUGCUGCACUUUCAGCAUUCUGUUAUGCCGAGCUUGCUAGCCGUUGCCCCUCUGCUGGAAGCGCCUAUCAUUAUUCAUAUAUCUGCAUUGGCGAAGGUGUUGCCUGGUUGAUUGGCUGGUCGUUAGUGCUGGAAUAUACUCUUGGCGGAUCCGCUGUUGCCCGUGGAAUAUCCCCCAAUUUAGCCUUGUUUUUUGGAGGACCAGAUAGCUUGCCAUGGAUUUUAGCACGGCAUCAACUUCCAUGGUUUGACGUUAUUGUUGAUCCCUGUGCUGCCGCUCUUGUUCUUGCUGUCACUGCUUUAUUAUGCCUAGGGAUAAAAGAGAGCUCAUAUGUACAAGCAAUUGUGACGAUUAUGAAUGCUUGUGUGAUGCUAUUUGUGAUCAUAGCUGGUUGUUAUAUUGGCUUCCAGAUUGGAUGGGAGGGCUAUAAGGUUACUGACGGGUAUUUUCCAUAUGGAGUAAAUGGAGUGCUUGCUGGAUCAGCAACUGUUUUCUUUGCAUACAUAGGCUUUGACACAGUAGCGAGUACUGCCGAGGAGGUCAAGAAUCCACAACGAGAUCUACCUCUGGGAAUAGGAGCAGCAUUGUCUAUUUGCUGUUUCUUGUACAUGAUGGUCGCUGUUGUUAUUGUUGGGAUUGUACCGUAUUUUGCCAUGGACCCAGAUACACCUAUUUCAUCCGCCUUUGCAAAACAUGGAAUGCAGUGGGCAAUGUAUGUUGUGACAAGUGGUGCUGUUCUUGCACUGUGUUCAACCUUGAUGGGCUCACUUCUUCCACAGCCUAGAAUACUGAUGACCAUGGCAAGAGAUGGACUGCUGCCAUCUUUCUUCUCCGAUGUGAACAAGCACACACAAGUACCUGUCAAGGGCACAAUUGCGGCUGGUAUCUGUGCUGCUGCUCUGGCCUUUUUCAUGGACGUUUCUCAGUUGGCAGGAAUGGUCAGUGUAGGCACACUCCUAUCGUUCACCAUGGUGGCAGUAUCGAUCUUGAUACUCAGAUAUGUUCCUCCAGAGGAGGUGGUCCCUCUACCAUCACCUCGGCGAGAGUCAAUGGGUUUGAGCCAAGAAUAUGAUGAGGAAAAGGGUAGGGAUCCACUUGGAGAUGAGAUCUGCGACACAUCUCAAAUAAAGGAUUUGAUUAUGACAGAACCAAUGAAGGACCCUCUUCUCGAGAAGAAGCAACACAAAGGCACGAUGGAUGAGAUGAAGCGUCGGAAGAUAGCUGCUUUCAGCAUAGGGUCUGUUUGUCUAGGAGUUCUGGUCCUCACGGCUUCAGCUUCUGCCACAUGGCUACCUUUCCUACCGCUUUGCAUUGGUUGUAUUGUUGGUGGUGUGCUCCUUAUACCUGGUCUUGUUGUACUCUGCUGCAUUGACCAAGAUGAUGGCAGGCACUCUUUUGGUCAUUCUGGAGGAUUCAUGUGCCCCUUUGUUCCGUUUCUACCUGUUGUAUGCAUCCUCAUAAAUACAUAUCUGUUGAUAAACCUUGGCGGAGAUGCAUGGCUGAGAGUCGGCAUAUGGCUGCUGAUAGGUGUUUUCAUUUACAUUUUCUACGGGCGAACCCGCAGCUCGCUAGUCGAUGUUGUGUAUGUCCCUGUGGCCAAGGCCGAUGUACGCAGGAGUUCAUCUGGUUUCAUGUCCUAG